UUGAUAGCAAGUUUCGUGUUUGAUAAAAUGUGGCUUCCAAAUGCAAAAGGGAGUACUUUGGGGAAAAAGGGCGGACGCAAUGGGCUCAUUGCUGUUGCCGUGGACAAGGACAAAGGAAGUCAACAUGCGAUCAAAUGGGCCAUCGAUAAUCUCCUUGCCAAGGGUCAAACUGUCAUUCUUAUUCACGUCAUUCAGAGGCCUUCUUCGUAUUGCGAAACCUAUUCCAUUGAUGGUGUGAAUGGAGCUGCUGGUCCAGACAAGCAAGCACUUGAAAGGCAGACGAAAGAGUUGCUCCUCACGUAUCAUUGCUUUUGUACUCGUAAAGACAUACUUUGUUUUGAUGUGGUAUUGGAGGACACGGAUAUUGCAAAAGCAAUUACAGAAUAUGUUGCCCAUGCUGCCAUUGAGAACAUUGUUCUUGGAGCAUCCCAUCAUGGGUUUAUCAGAAGGUUGAAGGCUGUGGAUGUCCCUAGCAGUGUAUCUAAAGCAGCACCCGACUUCUGCACGGUUUACGUCAUCUCAAAAACCAAAAUUUCAGCCGUUAAGAAUGCAUCCCGUAUAGCCCCCUUCACAUCUCCUCUAACCACACAAAUACACCAAAUGCAGCAGGAGGCCGCUACUGCCCCGUACAAACACACGCCCACUAUCAGAAGGUCCACCCCGCGCAAGAGUGGUGUUGACGAAAAUGAUUUACUCAAGUCACCUUUUAUGGCAAGAGGAUACAAUGCAAACAUGUUUGAGCUGUCGGAAACGGAUACAGAUAUAUCGUUCAUAAGCUCGGACAGACCGAGCACCGACAGAGCAAGCACAUUAUUCUUGGAUGGCUUGGAUUCGGGUCGUACCUCCAGAGUCUCCACUAGCUCUGAGAGUAGUUUCGGGUCGACCCCCUAUGGGACAAAGUACAGCGAGAUUAGUUCAUUCACUGAUUUUUCCACCUCCUCCCUUGAAAAUGAUGAUGUGGAAGCUGAAAUGAGAAGACUAAAGCUCGAGCUUCAGAAAACCAUGGAAAUGUACAGCACAGCAUGCAAGGAAGCUUUAUCAGCAAAGCAAAAGACUGUGGAGCUUCACCGGUGGAGAAUAGAAGAAGAACGGAGGCUGGAAGAGGCUCAUCAAGCAGAGGAAGCCGCCCGCCAGGCAGCCGAACAAGAGAAAGCCAAGUAUAAGGCAGCGAUGCAGAAUGCCGAAGCGGCUCAAAGAAUCACAGAAAUCGAGUCCCAGAAAAGAGUCAACAUCGAGAAAAGAGCCCUGGCAGACUCAGUCCCACUGAGGUACAGGCGAUACACCAUCGCAGAAAUCGAGGAGGCGACCGAGUACUUCUCCGAGUCUCGCAAAAUUGGAGAAGGCGGGUACGGACCCGUCUACAAAUGUCAUCUCGAUUACACAGCUGUGGCCGUCAAGGUGCUGCGUCCGGACGCUGCCCAAGGGAGAUCACAGUUUCAGCAAGAGGUCCAAGUCCUGAGCUGCAUGCGCCACCCGAACCUCGUCCUCCUUCUCGGCGCUUGCCCCGAGUACGGCUGCCUCGUUUACGAGCACAUGGCCCACGGAAGCCUCGAGGAUCGGCUGCCGACCCUCCCCUGGCCCCUCCGCUUCCGCAUCGCCUUCGAGAUCACAAUGGGCCUCAAUUUCCUCCACCAGACGAAGCCCGAGCCCUUAGUCCACCGCGACCUCAAGCCCGCCAACAUCCUCCUCGACCGAAACUUCGUGAGCAAAAUUGCUGACGUGGGGCUUGCCCGACUCGUGCCCCCCUCUGUAGCCGAAGACGUGACACAGUACCGCAUGACCUCAGCUGCGGGCACGUUCUGCUACAUCGACCCAGAGUACCAGCAGACGGGCAUGCUGGGAGUCAAAUCUGAUGUCUACUCCCUCGGGAUUGUCCUUCUCCAGAUACUCACGGGUCGUCCUGCCAUGGGCCUUACCCACCAUGUGGGCCGGGCCGUGGAGGAGGGUCGACUGGCUGAAAUACUCGACCCGGCCGUCCCUGACUGGCCACACGAGGAGGCACUCGUGCUAGCCAGGCUGGCGCUGCAGUGCGCGGAGCUCAGGCGCAAGGACAGGCCGGACCUUGGGAAGGUUGUUGUGCCGGAGCUCAGCAAGUUGAGGGAGUUUGCGGAGGAGAGGAUGGGGAAUGCUUUUCCCUUUCCUAACCAUACCUAUGCUUCCCAAAACAAGGAUAUCAAGAGCGACCCUGACGUGGCAUCCGUGCACAGCAGGCCUCGCGGGUUUAAAAGUACAGCGUCGGUGCCGGAAAAGCUAUCCGGUACGAGUAUCGUGAUUACUGCUCAAGAAUGA